GGACACUUCUGUACCAAGGGCUCACCACUGCCAAAGCGCUGUCCAAAUGGCACAUAUGAAAGUGACCAAUAUUCACAUGUGUGCGAUGAGUGCCUACCAGGAUACUACUGUGAUAACACUAAUGUUGCUGUGAGCAAUUUAACAGGAUAUGAGUGUCCAACAGGGCACUUCUGUCCCCCAGGGACAUCUUUUUCUACUCAGUACAAGUGUCCUACUGGUACGUGGAGUAACAAGACUCGGCUUGAAAGAGCUGACCAGUGCACUGACUGUCCACCCAGGUAAGAUGAACUCCUUCGCUCUUGGGACUGCCCAACAUAAAGCUUAACCAAACUACAGAAAUCAGCUGUAAAAUAGACGAAAGCAGUGGUGUCAUAUAAAACUAUUCCUGAUGCACGUAUGUGUGAAUGAUUUCAUGACGACAAGGUUGAAUUUCAAAUGUGAAAAAGAAAAAAAAAGCAUUAUAAAAAGCACCUUAGAAAUAUCCCUGUGCUUUCCUGUUGUGUUUUUGUUUCUCUAAAUUUUUUCCUCUCGUUGUUUUUAUCCACUCACAUGUAAAAAGGAAGCGAUGAACCAAAGCCCAGCUUAACCAUCUAUUUAUUUCAAUUUGGUUUCGCGCUGAACUAAGUACACUAGAAUGAAAUAUACAUUGUCACACAAGGCACAGUGGCAAUAUUGUUAGUUGCUUCAUCUAAAAUGUCAAGUUAGGUGUCUGUUGUAAACAUCUCAUCAUUUGGGCGUAGCUUCUUUUUCUAUGCCAUAAGGAAUAAGUAAAACUGAAGGCUCGUGGGGCUCUUUUCUUUAUCAAUACUUAAAGGGCCAUCGUGACCAGACAAUUUGCUCCCUAAAGCAGAUUGAAACAACCCUUACAUGUGAUAAAGAUGAGAUGGUGACACGGUUUUUUUACACGUUUUUUGUAGGUAUUAUUGUCAGUCAGAAGGAUUAUCAAAACCAGAAGGAUUGUGCCUUCCUAGAUACUAUUGCAGUGGCAAUGCCACAGUUCCUAACCCAGCUUAUGCAGAAUGCCCGAUUGGACACUACUGUCCUGAGGGAAGCUACAUUCCCACGCCCUGUCCACGAGGCUCCUUCGCAAACUCGAAGAGGAAUCAGAAUGUUUCAGACUGCAAGCCUUGCAGCCCAGGAUAUUACUGUGAUCCAAAUGCCACCAUUGUUCAGGAGAGAGAAUGCGAUCCCGGCUUUGUUUGUAUCUUGGGUAAGUUAGUGUACAACGUACUAAGAGAAGUGUGACAAAUGUUCGAGAAAAGUCUAAAAAUCAAUUUGGUAAAGCGAUGGUAAUGUGUUUGGUAAAGACCAAGUACGCCAUUGCGCCUCAAACAAAAAUGAGAAUGUAAUAUCUGAUUGUUGUAUUUUUUGUUAUUAAAUGACCUAGUUUAUUUAUUUUUGUUGUUUUCCCUUCAAGGUUCGACUACCCCACGGCCAACAGAUGGUUAUGAAGGAAAGGUGUGUCCCCAAGGACAUUUCUGUCCUAAGGGAACAGCAGUUGAGAAGCCCUGUCCGAUAGGUACUUAUGGUCCAAUUGAAGGCCUUGAUGAAUGCUAUGAGUGUCUGGCUGGCUACACUUGUCCAAAUACGACUAUAAUACACCCCGUACCAUGCUCUCCUGGUCACUAUUGCCCAGGCAGUAUUAAACUACCUAAUGGUAAUCCAUGUCCACACGGAACCUAUCAACCCAACAGAUAUCGAAAGUAUCUCAAUGAGUGUCUUCCUUGUCCUCCUGGCCAGUACUGUGAACUUCCUGGACAAGCAAAUGUCACAGGUCCUUGUCGGGCAGGAUACCUUUGCAGAGGUGGGGCAAGUUUUGAUGCUCCAAAUGACACAAGUGAUGCUUACAACGGGCCCUGUCCUCCUGGAUAUUACUGCGAGGAAGGAACAACAAAUGGCACCAUGUGCCCAGAAGGAACUCUCAGACCCUACCCUGGUGCCAAGUCUCGCAAUGAUUGUUUACCUUGUACUGGAGGAAAGUAUUGCUUUCAGCCAGGUCUGCUUGUUGCAACAAGUCACUGUGCUGCAGGAUACUACUGUCCAGCUGAAGAAGACAUUCGCACACCAUAUCCUAGUCGCUUCCAAUGCCCAACAGGACAUUACUGUCCAAAUGGCACAGCUAACCCAUACGGCUGCAAUCCAGGGACCUAUCAAGAAAGAAUUCAUCAGUCAUCAUGCGAUGUUUGUCCAGAGGGUUAUUACUGCCGAGGAAACACUUCCAGUCCAAUACCUUGCCCAGGUCAUCAUUACUGUCCAAACGGUACCCAUACACCAGUUGUGUGUCCUAAUGGAACAUUUACAGAUGUAAAUGCUUCCAAGCUCAGUGAUGUGGAUCAGUGCAAGCCGUGCGAUGUUGGACAUUACUGUCAACUUGGUGUGAUUGCUGAUAACUGCUCAGCAGGUUACUUAUGUUACAUUGGAAAUCCAACGCCAACCCCAGAUGGCUCCAACAAGACUAUCGGUGAUGAAUGUCCAGUUGGUUACUAUUGUCCAGCUGGAACUCAUGAACCUCUAAAGUGUGAACCAGGAUUGGUGAUCCCAUACAAGAGAGCACGUUCAAAGUCAGAGUGUCAAACCUGCCCCGCUGGCAAGAUCUGCAGCCCGGGAAGCUCCAUCCCUGAGGACUGUACCAAGGGACACUAUUGUCCCUUUAAUGAUACAAAAAGGCCUUGUCCGUUGUACACGUUUAAUAACGUGUCUGGUGCAACUGAUAUCAGUUUUUGUCAUCCUUGUCCUGCUGGUUACUAUUGCUGGUAUGAAGGUAAGAGGUUGAUCCCUUAACAAAGCAUGCCGCCUUUUAGAUUAGUUAGUAAAGCGUUACACUCUGAAACCACAGGAAGAGGAUGCAAAUCACACCUGACCUAACAUCUGGGUCUUAAAAUAAUGGAGGUCAAAGUAGUUGCUUGCGUGUGACGUAACCGCCCUUAAUGCCAUACAUUACUUCACGGGAGGGUCGGGGAAGACCUAUAGCAACUGCGGCCUACAAUGACAUAAAUGAGUCAAAGGCUAAGCGAUAAAGGGGUCAUUGAUCUUUUUCAGUAGAAAUUUGUUUAGGUGACGACCUUAUUACCAAGUGUUUAUAAAAUUGAUCUACAUACUUCCGUCUCUCUCAACAGGUAUCUCAGACUACACCACAGUUCCAUGCCCAGUGGGUCAAUACUGCCCUAAUGCCACAGACAGCCCAAUCCCAUGUCCAAAUGGAACCUUCCGAAAUACUACCAGAGGGCGAAACAUUUCCGAUUGUCACCUCUGCCCUGCCGGUCGCUUCUGUCCACUGUCCAAUAGCAGUUUCUGGGGCUAUGAAUGUAAAGAUGGCACUUUCUGUCCACCGGGUAGAACUGCUCCUACUGUGUGCCUGGCAGGAUAUUUCUGUGACAAGGCCCGGACUCAGCUACCCUGCCCUGCAGGAUAUUAUUGUCCUAAGGCAUCACCCGCGCCCAUUCCUUGUCCAGAGGGACACUAUUGCGACCCAUUGUAUAACUGCUAUAACGAUUCCAUACAUAGAGACGCGGGUGCUUGUUACUCCAAGAUUUGCCCUCUUGGUAUGUACUCUCAAUUUGCAUUUACCUCUUUCGUUUGGAAAUGCCUCCACAUGUACGUUUAAUUUUUUUUAUCCUUGGUUUUUACAUUCUCGGCAUUUACAUUUAAAAUUUUUAUUGACGGUUUUUAAAGCCGUCCACACGUUACUCUUCCUUGAAAAUGGAAAAAACGUUUCCGUCGCCAUCAUUUUUUUCUCUCUAUUUUGUGGUAAAACAAAAAAGAGAUAACCUUUAAAUCGCUUUAUUAACAGGUUACAGACAUAAGGAUGGCGCCAAGGGAUUAAAUUUCAAUGAGACGUGCGAAAUUUGCAGACCUGGUUCCUUUGGCAAUCAUACAAAUCGUUCAGUUUGUGAAAUAUGCAGAGCUGGCGUUAUAUGUUUGGAAGGUUUGUAUAUGCUCCUUGUUUACCGUAAAUGAUCUAAUAAACGCCCGGGGCGUUUAUUUAAUUUUUGGGGUCCAAGUGGGGGCGUUAAAUAGAUGGGAGGCGUUUAAAAGAGAGAGGCGUUUAUUGUCGUAACUUAUUUUAACGAACUCAACAUAACUGUAUACAGUAUGCUUUCGGCUAAAAACGUUUUUGUGUUUACAGAAUCUCGACCGCGGGCUGACGGCUUAUCUCGAAAUUGAACAUGACAUAAUACACAAACUGAUGUUAAUCAAGCAAUGACAUUAAUAAAUUGAUUGAUUUUGCUCGAUUUCGCCAUUUCCUAGUAUUUGGGGGCAAUUUUCAAGGGUGGCGUUUAUAAGAGAGGGGCGUUUAAUACUAACUUAACAGCGUAAGGGGGGCGUUUAUUAGAUAAGAGGCGUUUAUUUGAGAGUGGGCGUUUAUUAGAUCGUUUACGGUACUUAAGAAUUUGUCAAGCAACAUCCCCGUCUGCAACAAAUGGGAACUUAGUUGCGCAAGUGGUUUGUCGGUUACCAUACGGUAUCAAUACCCAAACUGACUCAACAACAGACCUUCCCCAAUCUUCCUCAUAGUGAAGCUGUGUACGCUGCUGUUUAGAGUGGUUUUCGUUUGAGUGUCGUAAAACCAAAACCAAAGUAAUUACUCUGGCCAAUCACAUAGGACACAGACAAUACAUUGAACCAAUCAAAACUCGAAGUAANUGUGACCACUCAAAUGAAAGCUACUGAGCAGAACUUUCCACUGGUACUGUUUAUUACGCGGAAUAAGAUUCAGUAUUGUAUGUUUUGAAUCUUUGGGUGAAAUCCAGGAGUUUCCAUGGAUAGGAAAACUACUAAGUAAUCAUAUCCCGCGGUACUGUUAAGACUGAACUGGUUCUGUUGUCGUCAUUUUAACCUGAAGCAACAUUCUUUUCUUCCUUGUUAGGAGCAACUUCAGAGUUCCCUGGCAAAAAUGAAUCAUCAUUUGGAGUUAACAACACCAACAGCUACCUGUGUCCAACGGGACACUACUGCGAGAAAGGAGACUUGCAACCCAGACCCUGCCAGAAUGGAACUUACAAUGACCUCCUCGGUGCGGAACACGAGGGACAGUGUAAACCUUGUGAUACAAAUUACUUUAAUGACGAGAUCGGUAGAGAUAAAUGCAAGUUCUGCGGUGACGCUAAAGCGAAGGAGAUAGGUAGCGACACUUGUAGCUGCACCGGACUAAACCGUGUUUUCAAGGUACGAGAAAAAUCAGUGAUGACAGGUCAUGUUUUGUGUCGAACAACUUUGAAUUCAGUCAGCGAAAUAUGCCAUACUUAGGUGGUUGAUCACUUUGAACUAGCUGACCCUACAGAAUUCCGAGUUCUUUUACACGAAUUAGACUAGUCUCAAAUAUUUCAUAAGCAGUAGGAGAAUUUCUCACCUGUAAAAGGAACUUACAAUGUAAUUUUUUUUUGUUUUCAGCCAUCACAAAGAUCGUGCGAAUGCGAGGAUGGUUACGAAGAGAUCAGUAACAGCUUAGAUUGUAAGCAAAAAACUUACGGCAUAUGCGGUGAAGAUACAUGGCGAAAUGAUAAAGGAAAUUGCUGGAAUGAAACACAAUGGAUGGAUUACUGCAGUAGUACAGUAAGUUUUUUAAAAUGCCGUAGAGUGAAUGGAAUCAAGAUGUUCUUCAACUUUUUAAAUACCGUAAAUACUCCAUUAAGCCCCACCCCCCUCUCAAAUAAACCCCCUCUCUCUAAUACCCCCUUUUUUCAGGGGAAGGAAGUUAAUAUGCCCCCUCUCUUUUAAGCCCCCAUCCUCGGAGACGCAGGGGCAGAUAGUGGGGGCGAGGGAAAGUCUAAACGGGCGAAAAAAUAUAUAUGGAACGAAGAAAAGUAAAGAACGGCGAGAAGAGCCCCUGGGGACAAUGUCUUACCAGACCAGUUCCAAACGGUCGCCGCCGUUCUGGCUUCUGAUUAGUGCCAGAAAACUUGUGUUGUACGUUCCCAAUCAAAAGCAAGAACGGCGUCGACCGUAUGGAACUCGUCUGGUACGAAAUUGCCCCCAGGGCCUCUACUAGCCCAUCUUUACUUAUCAACGGUCCAUAUAGAGUUUAUCGCCCGUUUAGAUUACCGCUCGACCCCACUAUCUGCCCCGUCGUUUCUCUGUCCGGAGGCACGACGGCUGACACUCAUCGUUCUGGCUUCUGAUUGGUAAAGAAAAACACAAGUUUUCUGGCACCAAUCAGAAGCCAGAACGGCGGCGACCGUUUGGAACUGGUCUGGUAAGACAUUGUCCCCAGGGGCUCUUUUCGCCGUCCCUUACUUUUCUUCGUGCCACAUUUUUCCGCCCGUUUAGACUUUCCCUCGCCCCCACUAUCUGCCCCUGGGUCUCCGAGGAUGUUAAGCCCCUUCCCCUACUUAUUCUUCACUAAUAAAUGAUAGACAGUAUUAAUCAAUAACGACUGUAAGAUGUCAUCGGGAAUGAUACGGGGUGGUUUAUUCACCAACUGCAAGUUCGGACUUUUUUCUGAUCCUCGGCUGCAUGACCUCCAACUCCUUGUACUUGAGCUUUUCCACUUUUUAUUAUAGUUCUUUAUGGAGAACUGAUACCAUCGUCUUUUCUAUGGGUUUGAAGCACUUAGUCCCCAGGGCCCUCCCCCCUUGGGCGGAUCACUUAGUCCCCAGGGAAAUAAAUAACCCAAACCGGGGGGGGGGGGUAAAACUGCUCAUUUGAAUGGUCACGCUUUGGGAUUUCAUCCUCAGACUUAAAAGUUAGAACCACCUUGUUGUACAGCUUAUUGAAUGUUCCAUGCCCUAUAAAUUGCACCUUCAAAAACGUUAUCUACUGUUUUCAUUUUACUUUUCACAGUCGAAAUGCCCUUCCGGUUCUGUUGGAUUUGUCGGAAGUCAGAUUGCUUUAUGCAAAUGCCGUGUCACCAGCACAGAUGAUAUUUGUGACAGAGAGUGUAAAAAUCAACAGAAGUAUCGCUUAUCUGUCAUUUGUACAGAUCCACCUAAGCUGAAAAUCACAUCACCAGAUAACGUAGAGGUAAAACUUUACCAGGUGUUGAGAAAUUUCCAAGCCAAGUAACCCUCCCCCCCCGGUUACUCGGCAAAGUCGCCUCAAACCAGCCAGUGAAGCCCAAAACUAACGACUCUUUGCUAUUUCUUCGAUACCUUUAUUAUGCUUAGUGUAAAACAGUUUUUCUUACUGAGUUAAUUAGGAGCGUGGGCUGCCUGUGGCUUUAAGAACAUUUAUGUGCCUUUGAAAUGAGAGUGAGCUGGCUUAACACAUGAACCUUGUUACUCUUUUUUUUUUUCGAAAGCAGUGCAUUAAUACAAGCACUAUUAUUCAAACUUUAUCUCUCCUUUUUUUUUUUAAACAGAGGUUUUACAACUUAUCAGACUUCUCAAAUGUUCCGAACUUCGCAGAAGCGUUCGACUGUCAGGAUGGUAGCGUCUUUGCUGUCAGCAUAACCGUCAUGGAAGGUCAAUAAUUAUUACCUUGUUUUCAAUUUGUAAAGAAAAUAGUUUUAUGAUCUUAAAAGUGAAAAUUUUGUGAUAGGGUAGACCUCUAUUUUUUCGCCUCCUCCCAAACCGUCCACCGCCCCCGUCCCCCGCCUACUUAAUAGAUUUGACACUCAUCCAGAAUGGUCGCCUGUAACGCAAAGCGCUCGAUCUCGACAAUCUUACCGGAAUAUAGGGAAACGUGAACAGGCUAUCUGGUGCUAAGUUAAUUUGUCUGCGUUGCAGGCGCUUGAAAGAAAAAUCGUACGUCAGCACAACCCUUCGUUUUUGGCUUUUUGGGUAUCAGUUGUUUUAUGCAGUCGUAUACUACAACUUGGUUCAUCUAAACCUCUCAAGGAAAGCUGGUCUGAAAUGGUCUUUCACACUUACCAUCCAUAAAAGAGCCUAGAGGAAUUCCUUGAACUCUGUCUUUAUUCAGUAUUCUUUCAAAUGCUGUAAGAAGGGCGAGAAAAGCAAUUUAAAAAAAUUAUUUAAUAUAAGCAUUAAUUCUUAAGUACUGAUUUACAGACGGAUUAACGUUUGGUGCUUACGAUCCUGAUUAUAAUGGCAUGGUGGACGUUUUCGAUAAUGCUGUUGAGCAAAAUUCAGCUGGCGUCAGUAACUCCUCCUCUUCAAGGCGUCGCCGAGCGGUGUCCAGUCUAUCAUAUAGAGGCGUCAGCAAUCCGACCACGUGUCUUACACUUGGUUCUCACAUGAUCUGGAAGGUGUCAAACUCGGAUUACCCCAAGUAUGAUAAAGACAGUCUUUAUAACACCAACCCGUCAUUUGACGAUGGACCAUUCAGGGCUUUGGAGGAAAGACAUCAGCUUGAGUCUACGAAAUUUGAGUUAUUUGCUUACAAGUUCGAUCAGGAAGGUGUUUAUGUGUUUACUUCAAGCAAAAAUCCAGAAAGUGCAAUGGUGAGUGUAAUACCCUACUUAUGCUGGGAGAUGGUUGUAUCGUUACACUUUAAUUUCCAUCGCCGCUCUUUUUUAGCAUUGCAAGGUGGAUUAUUGUCACGUAACCAAAGUGUAGGCUGUGAAUCAUUACGAUCUUUAUAUUUAAUAGAAUAACGUCACAAAUUGGUGAAUCAUGUCACUAUUUAUAGUUUAGUACUAUCAAUUGACUAUAUACAGCUCACUUUGACUCAAUGCUGACUCCCCUAAACGCUUUUGGAGCGACAGUCACAGAACGACACGUACCGGAAGAUCAUCAAAUGACUGGAUUUAUACCAUAAAUAUUGAAUCUUGCUGGGCGAUUUUUUUCUCUUUCAGCUUGUACGUGUUAUGGCUAAAGGAGCACAGUGCGCCGAGGAUGGUCCGUUCUUCUCUACCACGCCACGUGUUGUGAUUCAGAAUGGUAUUGCUAUCUCCAGGGAUAUUGUUAUUAUGCCCGACUGGGUGUUGAUUGGUGCCAUGCUGGGAAGCUUUGGUCUGUUAAUGCUCAUUCUCCUGAUUGGCUUGGUAGGUUUUAGUGAUCAACCCUCCUACUACUUCUUCGGGGAGGGAUAAAACAUUUAAAUCUUAAAUUCAGUUUUGUAAAAUAGUGAAAAACAAAUGCAACUGUUUGAAAGCACGGUUGAAGGGGUUUCAUUUUAAUGAUCACCCACAGUGUCAGACGUCUGUGGAUAGACUCCAGAGAUGGAACUGAAUAACAUGUUUUAUAGUUAACUGUGCAUGUGUGGCGGUCGUUUGAAUGGGAAGGCAAGGGAGAGCGGGGGAUGAAGGAAUAAAGAGGGGUGGGUAAGGGGGGAUAAAGGCGCAAGAGUGCUUAUUUUCCUUUCGCUUUCCUUUUAAAUGCCUGCCACGCAGGACAUAAUUGACUCUGUUUCCCCACUGUUGACGCUAUUUCCGUUUUAUUUUCUACCUCCUACCUAGCUUAUCUUCCGUAAACACGGCUGGAAGAAAGUGACAUUCAAAUUCCCACGCUAUCGAGUGCUAGCGCAGCGAUACAACUUUGAUGACUACUCCUCAAAAGGGUCCACAGUACACCCAGCAAAGAAAUACCACAGGAACCUUGAAGCACAAAAUCAAUAUGCACUGGAAGGACCCUUACAAGAACAGGGACCUGCAGGUCUGUGUCCUUUAUAAAAAAAAUCAUCCUACUUUUGUUUCUCACUUCUAGCUUGUAUUCUUUUUCUCGGUAGAAAUCUUUAAAAACUCUUCAUUAUAGAAGAAUAUACUUACUAUAAAUGUUUAUUAUUUUGCAGUCGAUGCUGAAGUGAAAGGGGAUGAAUUCUGGGAUUAUGACCAGCAAGUUGAUUUGGAAGGUUUCACAUCUGGUCGCUUGUAUGGAAUUUUAGCGAAGCAAUCACGUGAUAUAACUGGAGCAAUAGCCAGACAAAAAGAUCAGGCCAAACAACUUUAUCAGAAGAUCAAUCAACAGACCGAAUCCCUCAAAGGGUUGUGGAUCGCCAAACUUAACUUACGAGGUCGCACUGCCAUGGCAACGCCGGAGGACUUGAGAGCUUUUGAGGGCAAGAAAUCAGAGGUAAAGUGGGAGUCUUUUCUUGUUUGAUCGAAGAGGCACUAGAUCAUGUUAAAUCCGCCUAUUACAUGUCAGAGCCAAGCAUAAAUAAUAAAUUGUUUUUACAUGUCCUUAUGAUUUUCAUAGCUUGAAGCCGAACUUGAACGGAGAAAGGAGCUGGGCUUUAACUUCCAGCAGAUCCUACAGCGCCAGAAAGCCAUACUUGAAGAGGAUGAGGAAGCCCGCGAGGCACACCUUGUGGCGUUUGAGGCAUCGUUGCGAGAAGCCAUCCGUACACUGAAGAGUUACAGUGAAAACAAAGGCAAGGGCGACAUGGCUGGAGACUUCAACGAUCAGUUAGAACACAGGUAAGGCCGGCAUGGUUUUGAACCAUGACGGUUAACUAAUUCACACCCUUACUUACGGUCAUGAAGUUUUUCUAAUUUAAUGUCGUCCUGAUGCAAACAUGCCUUGCUAAGAUUUACACUCACUAAUUUUGACCAGUACCAUAUCCAUCUUCACAUCAUCGAUAAGGUGACGAUCAGUAUUUUUGACCCUCUCCCCCUAAGUGAGUUUCGCUUCGAGGCAAAUGUAACUCUUACCCUCCCCCCGAGGAAUAUUGUUCAUUACUUCACACUCGCCGAAGUUUAAAAUUUGCGACCGCGGAAUCGGAAUUUUGCAUGUGUGAAGACGCUAUUGUUUAAGCCAUUUCAAAAAUGACUAAAAUGGCCAAUUCUACAACAGAAAACAGUACCUAUUGCUUUUGAAUUUGAUCCUCUUUUCUUGAUACGUAUUUGUGCCAGUGCGUUAUGCGUCUAAGCCAGCUGUUUUAAAAUAGUUUUGAGGACAUCCAAAUUUCGAUGUUAUAACUAAGACAAAAGAACUGUGAUAACAAAACAGCAACAACAAUAAUAAGUUUCCCCUAGAUUCAUCUUCCAUGUACUCUUGUAGGGUUGGAAGCCGCGUCGAUGCAAUUAUCCAGCGGUUGUCUGUGGAAAUCCAAAGCGAAUGCCAGCGGCGCGGAACCUGGGCACUACUAGGUGAUGUUACAGGCGCAAGGCUCUGCACUAUUGAAGGAGAGAUCCUGGGUCUGGAUUACUUGUUCAAUGGCGAUGGAACGAUUCGCGCCACAGAUAUCGUUUCUCAGGACACACAUACGGGACUUCUCAUACCCAAUCCUCAAACUGCUAACAUGUUGUUGGCUGAUAACGUCACUAACGUACCAGUCCCUCCCAACUUCUUUGUUCAUCAGAACAAUGGACGUGUCAUGCCCAUUGAAGGAAAUGUCGCGUAUGACCCACUUGCGUCACGUCUCACAAUUACCGCUGACAGCACUAAUGCAGACGCUGCCUCGUCAGCAGAGGCACUUAUCCCAUACAUCCCGUAUCCGAACAAUCCCGAGACUGGUGUGCCUGUGAAGACAAGUCUGACUCCAGUGGAGAAGAGAGGAGAUAUGAGAUUAAAUGGAAGAAUGAUUUGUGGAAGGAUUGGUCUACCUGCACCGAUUUUGGGAAUGACCAUUCAUCCCGAAACCGGUAAGUAGGAUUAUCCCCCCUUUAACAACUAUCAAACUUCGUCAUAACUUCCAAAAGUGAAAAUUAAAAAAUUCGUCACAUAAAAUAUUCAGUGAACUGGGGCUUUGAAAGAGAUAUCUACUAUAAUAAUCGUGUAUUUAUUUUUCUAUUACAUCAGGCAAUGCGUAUCCAAUUGGUGGUUGCCAUCCCGACCCAAUCACUGGACUUCCGGUUGCUAUAGAGCUCGGUUCCGUGAUGCUUGAUCCAAACACCGGUCGCCCAGCACCCAUUGUAGGAGUCACCAUUGACCCUAGGACAGGUAAUGUUAUUCCUCUGGGUGGUACUCCAGGAGAUUCAGAUAGAGGUGACGAAAUUCCGGUCCUGCUCGGUGAUUCUUUCACGGAGCCUCUUUCUGGUAGACCUCUAAAAGUGACUAGUGCCAGGUUGGUGGAUGAUGGACAAGAGAGGGAACUGGAGCCAAUGGGAGGUGGAUACCAAUAUGUCUUAGAUGUUGGUGAGCUGUACUAUGAAUACCGCGUUCUAGAUGCCCUGGAGGCGCUUAAGGAAGCUGUAACUGGUCCAGAUGACUUGGACGGUCGUCACGAACUCAGCAUGUUAGAGACUGCGCAGAAAGAUUUACAGCGUGGACGCUCAAAGGUGAUGACCUACAUCCUACGAAACGUUCAUGACAUCAUGCGCCGCGAGGAGCGCUGCUCUCUGCUGGCUGACAGUGGUGGGAGCCCAGGCAUGUACGAGUUCUCAGCCACCGGUCAGUUGCUCCCCAUACUAGUGGGCACCACCAUGCGAGACCCCUCAGGUACGGAUCUUGAUGUGCCAAUACUCGGAAUCGAUAAGAAUCACGAGACAGACACUGUGAUCCCCUUGGGAGGCUCCCUAGAGGACCCCGGUGGUGAAGGAUUGGUUGCUAUUAUGAUUGGAGAGAAGGCUGUGGACCCCGUGACUGGUGCGCUUGCUACCAUCUGUGGCGUGAAGAUGAAUCAGGAGUUUGGAGUGACAGAGCCUGUCACGCUUUCAUCUAGUCCUCAGAGAAAGCGACGUCCACCCCCAGGAUCGGUAAGUAUUGCAAAAGUCUCUUACCCAGGUUCUCUCUUUCGUUGAUUGGUGUCAGGAAACUAAGGAAUGAGAUUGUCGUGAAGUUGCAUACAAGGCUGGGUAAUUAGGCUUUCCAAACACGAAUCAAUUGAUGAAAAUCUGUUUUCAACUCUCCUCAGACACCACAAGGAAGCGUUUUUUAGUCGUUGUGUUUCGUUUAUUUUAAUAAUAUUAGUCUUAAUUAAUUGCAAAAAGCAUUUUUAAAAAUUUGGUGUUGAAGUGAAAGGUGUCAGAUCAAAAGGGGAGGGGAAGAUUGAGGCGGUUAAAAAGGUAUGGAACUCUUCUGAAUGCAGAGAGAUAAAAACAAGGAGAUAUUGCAUGUCCUCUUACUGGCUUUCGAAGUUUCCACCUUAAAUAUGUAGGUAGUGCCUCACCUCUCAUAUAUCUGCGUUUCGCGUCUUCCUCGUUGAACCUGAUUAUACCUUUGCUUGUGAUGUGUAGGUUGCCCUGUUGGAGGAGGAACUGGCAGGCCGCCGUAGUUUCUGGCGUCGGCAGCGACAUCGUGAAGAUGAACUGACUGAAGUGGAGGCUAACUUAUACAGACAGCUGAUGGAGGAUGAACACGUGACAGCUUAUCAAGUACAUGAACAACUCGAGAACAUAAAAGAGGGUAAGUGACUUGUUUCUUUCUAGAACUGGUGUAUGGAGCGUAUUCGUACUUCCACUAAUACGCCUCAAGUAUUAGCCCGUCAAACAAGGUUACUAGCGCAUGAUGUUAGUACAAAGCAUAAAGAUCUUCCCCCUCUUUUCAAUUGUUAUUUUUUUAUAAACUCUGUCAGUUCCCUCCUUGUUAUUGUGAUGAAUUUAACUCAAAUAAAACUGUUUCCAUAGAAACCGUGUCCCUGGCCGAUGCUGCUCAUCGUGAAGUCCAGCGGCGAACAGAAGCCUCAGUGGAUCACGCGGCCGGCUUGCCUCCUGAUAUUGUAGCUGUUCUGACCAUGUUUGAUGCCUUGGAGAGACAGAAAGAAGAAAGUCAUAAUACUGCUCAUAAACGCUUUGCUGAUGCCAUCACCCGCUUCUUUGAUAAACUGCAGACUGAGGAGACCAAGUAUAACAACAGGAUGGAGGAACUACAGGUAGGAUUUUAGCUUUUUGAGGGGUAAGUGUUCAGUUUUCCAGAAAAAAAGGUUUCUGGGAAACUGCCCACCUAUCCCUCCCCCAAGCCAACAUUUUGCCAUAAGUGAGAAAUGAGUAUUAAUGUUGGCUUAGGGGAGGGGUAGGUGCACAGUUUCCCAGGAACCUAAAUUGAUCCCUGGUAUGAAGGAGCCCUUAGCUUUUGGGCAAUGAUGAGCAUUUAGCAUUUAUUAACAACAGCCAUCAGCCGCUUGUGUGAUGGUUUAGGGAGUUACUAACCUAUUUAACUCGUUGGGUUUCUUCAGGGAGCACUGAAUCCCGAGGCAGAAGCCGCCGUCACUGAGCGCUUCCAGCAAGCCAAGGCUAGGUUACGUGGGGAAUUGCAAGAUCAGCUUCAGAGCCGCAUGGAACAGUUGGAUGAAGAGCACGCGAACCUUGAAUACGUCAGAAACAAAGCUGAGAUCUCCGCUUUGGAAGCUAAGGUAGACAUGUUUGUUAUAUUCCCUGUAAAAAGCAGUAGCAUAUAUUACUUAGUGGUCAGUGUUAAAUGUUGGGGUGAGAUAACCUUUUUACACUACACUAGACGCAGGUUUUAAUACCAAAAUUCAAGAAAACAAGAAGUUUUUUGGUAAUCGUGUUGGCCAGGAUCAGAAAGGUCAGCAAUUAUUGCUAAUUUUAUUUCCUUUUUUUGUAUCCAGCUUAUCCUAACAGGAGGCGCAGUGAUCGCCGGUGAAUAUGAAGUCAUAUUGCCUGGUAUUUACGGUGAUGAUCUUCCUUUACCGGAGUCCAACAGAGAGCUGUUGCCACUUCUUCAGCGCCUGAUCCGCUUGUUGGAAGAGGGCAUGCCAGUAUUAAUGAACUCCGCUGGACAGGUUGUCGGAGGUGGAUACGCUGUGCUUGGCGGCGGUGCUAAGUUUGAUGUCAUUAGCGCCGGUGGAGCUGCCGCUGGUGGCAGUGGAACUGACAGAGUCACUGCUCUUGGUAUGUAGGAUUCUAAACCGCAAACAGUUUUUAUAAAAUUAUUUGCCCAGCGAGCAUCGAGGAAAACAUGACUGUUUUGAAGUCUAGUUAGAUCGUGUCUCAUUCGAGUUAUCUCUAGUGUAUUUUGCAGUCUGUAGUAUGAAAAACACGUGACAUAUGUGUUUGGCUAUCUGUCCAGAAUGUCACACGUAUUCUUUGGAGCAAAGGUUAGGGCUAGGGUGAAUUCGCUCAAGCCUUUCACUUCCAGAGAGAGACUGUCUUGUAAUGGUGCCAUUCAAAUGAAACCUCUUAAAAACUUUCACAUGGUACUAUUUGUUUUAAGCAUUUUACAAAUGAAAUUUAGAAAUUUUGGCCACCUUUUACAGUGGAAAGACAAAUUUGGUCUUAUUUUGUGUUAUUUAGGACCUACCUUGUUGAUGUCCCCAACAAGCGUUACCUCUGAGAGAACUCAACAGGCAUCAGCUAUGACGUUUCAGCUCCGAGGCUGUAAACAUCGCUGAAAUCGCCGCAUCGGGCGGGCUGACAGAAGAGAAGCGAAAAGAGAUUACAAAGAACCUUAUGGAGAAGCAUACGCUUGAAUGCGCACAGUUGGAGAAUGAACUCAGGACGAAUGAAAUAAAGGUGAUAUCUGAGGUUAUACAGGCGUAUGAGGAGAGGAAGAGCAAAGCUGUCGCUGAUUUACAGGUAAAGCUCGUUGUUACCGGUGCUGUAAGGGUAUUGUGUUAAAUCAUAAGUCUGUGUUUGUCUUGAUAACAGAAAAAUACUUCGGAACUCGUGUUUUAUCCCACAUUUUCACAACAUCUGUGAUCUUUAACUGAGCAGACACAGAGGAAAAUUUGUUUAACUGAUCCAGGGAUGACGCAUACUUUACUUUAAACUAUUUCAGGAGGAGCUGAAAGAGAGAUUACGAAAAGCCGAGAACGAAGAUGAGAAAGAAGCACUGAUAAAGGAAUACUCAGACAAGAUGGCGGCUGCACAGGACAAUAUUGAACAACAGAAACAGAAGAAGUUGCGAGAUGUCAGAAAACUUUUGAAAGAAGAGAGAAAGAGACGCAAGAAAGAACUUUUCAAGUAUGUCUUUUAGUCGUGUUUUACUUACUUUUAAGGAUUUACAAGAAAAACUAUUUGCAAGCUAAGUAAUUCUUUUAUAACUGUCUGAUUUUUCCCGCUGUUUUAGCCGCCACAAGGAGGAAGCCCGCGCAGCAGGAGUCAGUGACGUUGUCGAUCUCGAUCUCCCGGAUGAAGACGAACUUGAUAAAGAGUUGAUUUUAUUGGCUCAGCAACAAGAAAAACUAUUGGCUGAAUUGGCGUUGGCGUAUGAGCAGGAGAGUGAGCGGGAAAGAGAGGAGAUGGAGUCUGGAAGGCGGGAGGCGUUUGAUAAAGAGAUGGAAGCUCGUGUUCGAGCCAUGAACUUGUCAGUGGCUCCAGAAGAGAUCGAGGGUGCUUUUGAAGAGGUCAGAGAGGUAAGGAAACACAAGCAGUUAGGAAAGAACUACUCAGUUGUUUUCACUGACAUGCUCACUCUGCGUGAAUUGUACGCAGACAUUUAAGUAACACUUUAGCUGACUGCUAAAGACCUUUCUCUUGUAUGGUCACACAUACCGAUUUCAUCCAUCGACUAAAAAUUAGAACCCCAUUUUAGGGCAGAGUAGACAGUACCACAGGAAAGAAUUGUUCAGUAACUUUCAUUUUAGACUGCAAAACAAUCGGUUUUCGGUCCAGCGUAGCGUAAGAGUCUCAUGCGCGAAGUUCGCGAACGUCUCUUUCCAGUCUUGCACUCUGUUUUCGCUUAUUGGCUAAAUCAAAUCAUCACGGUAGUUCAGCACUGUCUUUUGGGAAGAGGGUUUUUAUGCUUAGUUUUUUGUUUUGUUUUGAUUUGUUUAGCUUCACUCACGAGCAGCUUCCAGAAGAGUCAACAUGAAGGAGAAGAUGAAGGAACGCAAGGAACGUAAGAGAUCCAAAAAGACUGAAGAGGAACUGAAAGAGGAGCUAAAACACGUGAAACCCGGGUCCCCUGAGGAAGCUGAGAUUCUGGAGGCACUGGAACAGAGAGAGAACGCAGACAUGCGCAGAGAAGAGGCAGCAUUGCUUGCUGUUUUGGCUGAAGUGGAGGCUGAACAGGAAGACACGAAACGAAAACAGGUCUGAAUUUAAUCUUACAUUUCCUUCGUUUGGACGUCGCGGGUAUAAACAAAACUGAUUUGGCUUUUUUUUCCUCGAGAGGUAGGAGGUAGAGAGUCAUCCCCGAACCCUCUCUCACUGCUUGCACAUCUCUGCCCGUCUCUUUGAUACUUUAAAAAUUCGAGACAAAUGAAAGACGGCUAUGGAUCAGUCAGUCUGGUCCGGAUAGGCUUCAUUUCCAUUUGGCUCUCAGUUUUUCAUUUGUCCCACGCACCUGCUACUCUCACCAUUUCUACUAUUACAGUUACGCAAGACGCAAUUUGAAUUUUGGUUAAGAUGCUUUUCUUUCUCUCUUUUCUCCAAGGUUGUACAAAAUCUGCUGAAGAAAACUGAGAUGACUGAAGAAGAACAAAAGCAGAUCGUUGCCAAAUACUUGGAAGAAGCAGAAGAAAUGAAAGAACGGUAUAACGAUAUGCAGAAACACAGCAGAGCUGUGCUGGCAGCCAAACUUGCGGCUAGAAGACGGCUGAAGGAGGAGAUGAGAAAGGAACAAGCUAUGAAGAAGGAACUCAAAGAGAUGGCCAAGAAACAGGUAGAUUAUCAAAGGAACAAUACAAAGUUUUGAAAAUUUCUUUUAGCAUUGAAUGCAAUGAGCUGCGAUAUUGUUUAGCUGGUUCUCGCAACUUCGCUCAGCGCGGUCCUUUCUUCAUAUUUUUGUCUGAUAAUGAUCCAAACGACUUAUGUAAUGAUUUGUCUAUUCCCCACUUCAGAAACUCUAAGAAGAAUGGGUACAAGCUUUUGGUACAGUGAUUUCUAAGAUUUUUUGGGUGGACAAGCUUUGGUUGUGAUUGGUCGAUGGUAUUCAAGGCAACCAAUGACCAAUCAUAAGUAACGCUAGUCUACCAAAAUUAUCCUAGAAAUCGUUAAGCUGAAAGCUCGUACCCAUUCUCCUUGAGGUUCUGGAGAGGGGAAUAGAGUUGACUAUAUUCUCUCGUCUAUCAGGCUGAGUUAUCCGGUGAUCAAGCCACUCUUCAGGUGUUAGAAGCAGCAGACGCACAAGUAUCAGAAGAGGUGAACAAAGAACUAGAGCGUCUGGCUGAACAGCAGAUUGAGCAGCAAACAGCUCUGGAAGUAAAACAGGCGGAGGAGAUGAUCGCCUUACAGGAAGAGCUUAAGAACGAAGAAAUGUCUGGCGGCCAUCAAGUUGUUGAUCAGAUUGAGGAACAAAAACUCAAGGUGGGUUAACAGCUUGAACGACUGGCGUAAGGAGAAAUCCGCUUAAUCGUUCACGACAGAUACGAAAGAGAUGACUGUUGUGACGGUGGCGUGAAUACCAUAUCCUUAGUGAUAAAAAGCUGCAUUUAACAACGAGUAAAGUGUUAAAUCAAUCUGCAAUCACCCCGAUUUACAUUUUUCCAUGCCUCGUGUUUUAUAUCCCAAAGUAACACGCUUCCGGUGGCUUUUUUACCUUACUUAAAUCCGAUUUACGCCUGGCAAAACUUGCAACACUUUAGAAGAUCACUUUCGUGACUAAUUUAUUUGUUAUUGUGUAGCUGAUCGAAGCAAAGAAGGAGACCUUUCAAAAGGAGAUGUCACGCAAGCGGGAGGACUUGUCACAAGAACAAGCAGACAUGUUGCUUGAACAGCACAAACAAGAAUUGGAGUUCCUUUCACGCAGCAUGGAAGUUGAGAAGCAGCGACAGUUAGCUUCACUGGGUGACAAGAUUGCUGAGAGAAAGAAGCGCAAGGCAGCUGCUCUACAACAAAGACACAAAGCUGAGAUGGCAAAGGAAACGAUGAACCAACAGGACCAGAGACAGAAAGUCGAAGAUGACAAGGUGAAUACUGUCAAAAUUGAAAGAAAAAGUUAUUGAAAAUUUCACCUUGUAUCUUGCCUACCACGCAGACGUUGGUUUGAUUCCGGCACAACGAUCGAGAAUGCGUAACGUCUGCGUAGAAGGUUAAAUUAUAUUCUACUAUCGCCCACCCCUCGACCCCCCCCCCCCCCCCCCCCCAAAAAAAAAAAAAAAAAAAAAACAAAAACGUAACCCAAAAACAAAAAAACAAUUAUAUUAAUAUAGAUAAAAACACUGCUUAGCGAGAUAUGAGCAAGCCAAGCUGCUAAAAGCAGCCACACCAAAAUGGGGAGAGGAGCGCGAGAGGAGAGGGAGGGGGGAAGACAGAGACGUGUAAAGUGAAAAAUAAAAGGAUAAAAUCUGAAAAAAAUAAAGAAAAAACUUUUUAAACUUUCACCCUGUUUCUUGCCCACCCCCCCGGGCUUUGUUUGUUUCCCGGCCCACAAUCGAGAAAGGGGAACCUCCGCGGAAGAAGUUUAAUUAUUUUUCCCCACCCCCCCCCCCCUGCCCCCCCCCCCCCCCCCCCCCCAAAAAAAAAAAAAAAAAAAACGACAGGGAUGACAAAAAUAUAGAAAACUUCAUUGAUAUAGCUGUUUUAACUCUUCUUUGUUCAAUCUUAGAUUCGCGAAGCUCAGAAGUCAGCCCUGAUUAAUGCGGUUCAAAGCCUGGACAGUGAGCAGGCAGGGAGUACUAUUUACCAGGUGUUACAACAGAGGCACAUGCAUGAGAGGGUGAAGCUUGAGGAACAGUUUAACAGGGAGAUUGACGCUGCCAAGGCCGAAGCGCGGGCUCAAAUGGCCGAGAAUCGCCAACUGGAGAGAGAAGAAGUGGUGGCUCAACAAGAAAAGGUGAGAAAUACGUCAUGUAUCGUGGACUUAAGUUUCACUCAAAGAUAAUCAUAUGUUUGAUAUGCAAGAAGCUGUACAGCGCUUAGUUCUAUUAAACUAAACAUUUACCUUUAGGAAUUCAUGGAGCUGAUUGCGAAGUCCAACUCGAUGAGCACCGCAGAACUAUCUCAGAAGAAGGCUGAACUUAAGUUACAGCAUAAGGUAUUUAACGUACUGUUUCGGUUUGUAGUUCUUUUCCAUGUUCACGAAAUCCGAAGUGUAAUCUUUUGACUUUUAUUGUUAAGACUUUCUUAAGCCGAAACUUGUUUACAGAAAAUUGUACUUUAAAAAGCUUUGAGACUUUGUUCAUUUACAGUUUUGUUUCAUUUCAAAGUUAUUUUCUUCAAAGUCAUUCAAAGUCAUUUUCUUCCAUCAUCAAACAGAAACAACUCGCCCAGUUUGACGCGGAAACUCAACAAAAAAUGGCCCAAGCCGAAAUGGAUACCUUACCUUCUUUGGAGAUCAAACACGCGCAUGCCAGACUCGAACUUCGAGAAAGACAGCUGCAGGAACUCGCUGGUACCAUGAGCGAACUUUCAACUGAAGAGGUAUGAAUAUUUCUUUUAAAAAAGUGUUUUGUUUUGUCUGCCUGUUAUGCCUCCAGUCUUCAUUGCUUUCACUUAUUGAAGUCCAAGACAACGCCCUUGUGCUCCGUGUUAAAAUGGAAGUCUCGUUUGCUUCACUUGCGUGGUGACACACCACAGACCCUUGCUUGACUAAAACUUUUGCGCUUUUCCUUCGCAUCAUCACGAGUUGCAUGUUUCAUGCUCUUUGUAUGUGUUACAUGUUUGCCUCAAUGAACAAUGGUUACAUAGUUUAUGACGCUUUUCACGGGCUACAUAUCCUCUUGAGCUUUAAACUGAUUCUGUUUCUGCGCCCACUGUGCCGUGCUGUCCCGUGGAACACAAUGUAUAAUAAGGCCAUUCUUGUAUUUCCGUUGUACGGUAGGAGUUGAUCAAAAACUACGCGGAGGAAGCCGAGCGUGCCUCACAAGCAGCCAAAGAAUAUCGCGACCAAACCAUGUUUGAAAUGGCGGAGAAGAUCAACAGAAUAAAGGCUGAACGGCAACAGCAGAGCGAGGAACAAAAGAGGAAAAUGGACGAAGAAGUCAAGUAAGAAAUAACAGUCUGAAUGUGUUACUUUUAAAAACAAAUGAUUGGUUUAAUGAUUAGUAGCAACAAUGCUUUACGUAUCCUACGGGACGAAGAAAAUAAACUUCAGCUAACUUCGUUGUGAAAUGUCUCUUUCAGGCGCCUUGAGGCUGAGCUGGAGAAAGAAAGAGAGCGCGAGGAACUGAGACUUGCGGACAGAGAGGCGGAGAGAGCUGCUAAACGGAUGAAGGCGGCACAGGAAGCAGACGCUGCUAAGCAACUGGCGAUGGCUCAGAGAGGAAUGACAGAAGACGAAAAGGAGGUCAGUAAAUAGGUCCACUCAGAAGUGGUGCAGGGAUGAACAGUAGAGUUGAAUGAAUGGGCAGGGGAGGAGAAAAGUCAGUUUAAGGGCUCUUUAAGGGACGGCUUGGGGUAACUGUAGAGAUGAAUGUAUGGGUCAUAGGUAUGUAACUGUAUGGUUUAAUAAUAAACGAGUCAGAGGAGGGAAAGCCGGGACUCUAAAUGCUUGGUAGGGGACCGCUGGAGAAGGGGAAGGUAGAGAAGAGGUGGAUUAAGGGAGGACGAGAUGUUUCAGCAAUGAUUCGUUUUUAUCCGUUUUCAUGCAUUAUAAUGCUUAGUAAAAGACACAGUGCAAUAAGCUAAGUGGGCUAUUGUACAGGUGAAGAACAAGUGGAAGAAAAAAAAACAAGAGAAGGUCUGGCGAAAUUUUUUUAGAAGCUCUCUUUAAUACAAUUUUCGUUGUUUUUGUGAUGUUUAGAAACUUAUGAAGGAGCACGAGGAAAAUAUGGCUAAAUUCGAAGCAAACCUAAAGAAAGAACAAGACCGAACAAAGGCUGCUCUCCGAGAGAAACUUGAGGCAAGAAGAAGGAAAAAGAAAGACGACGAAAUGAAGAAGAUCAAGGCAGCAGCUAAGGUUGAAACGGAGGUUGCUGAGCAGAAAGAAAGAGAAGAAAUGACGGCAUUACAAAAAGAAGGAGUGGAGCUUCUAAAAGCAAGCACGCCAGCUGUUCCAAGGGCUCCCUCGGACACACGAAAGAAGGCAACAGGUAAUGAACACUAACAAUACACAAUAAUCAGUAGAGGAUUAGAGAAACAGUGUGCAGUUCCAUGCUAUGUAGUUAAAUUUACUUUGCACUUUUCCCUUUGUUAACACUUUCCUUUUCUGUGCACAUAUGUCUACAAAUCAUGAUAAUUUCCUACCUUUUGAUAAUGAUGAAAUGAAGACCUCGAAACAUUAAGUUACUGUCCUGCUGCUGAUUUUUGUUUUAAAUUUUAAACAGUUCUCAGAAGAUUAAAUUGUCAAUCUUUAACCUUGCCUUUAGACGAGCUCCCCAUCACAGAAAGCUUACUUACCUCAGCGGAUAGCCAAGUUAGCGCAGGCGCUACACCAGUAAUCACUGCUGGACUGCCUGCAGGCGUAUCAGAACAAGACUGGGUCUCAAUGCUGAUUGGUUCCCCAAUCUUCGACAGCGUAAAUGAGAUUGAAAACAUGUUGAAAAAUAACAUUGGCGAGGGAGGAGUAGCUGGGGCAAAAGGCGGGCGGCCCUACAUUGAUAUCAAAGACGCUCAGUGGUACUGCCGGGGAGACUUGGUACCUGUGGACAUCAAUGAACUGAGCCCGGCGAACUUUGUCGUCUAUCGCUUCGGAGUUUUUAUCACUCAGAUGUUGCAAAAAGCCAUGGACACACCGGAAGUGACGUUGCUCCUUGCUUCUAAUUUGCCUCCAAACAAUUACGAACGAAACGCCUUCCGGAAUUCAUUUUUCUACGAGCAUGCGCGCAGGGUGUUGUUUGUGCGACAAGAAAGAAUGGAGUCCGUUGGUGACUUCUUGGUAGUGAUUAUGCAUGCCUUAUCGCACAUAAAGAUUGAUGAUCUCGUUGACGAUCAGAACCCACUUUUCCUGAGAGAAUUCUACAAGGUAGUAACUUUUUAUCCAUGUUAAUUUAUGUUUCACGGCGUUUUCAGGGAACUUUGUUUUUUAGAUACAAUCAACUCUUUGUAAUUCGGAAACCUUUGGGACCGCCACAGUAAGUGUCCCGUCUUAGAGUGAUGUCAAAUAAAGGGAAUAAAGAAAGGCGGGGACCAACUCUAGGCGUUCGUUUUACAGAGGUCUCCGUCUUAAAGAGGUGUCCGUUAUGAGAGAGAGAGAGAUGUCACCUGUAGUUUUUAUUGCGAAUUUAAUCUACCAAAGCAGUCCCUGAAAAUUGGUGAGCCAAAAUUAUACUCUAAAAAUGGGAUUUUUGAUUCUCUGACGACAGUUAGUUUUCUGUUCCAAAAAGGUUGUCCCUUGCAUAAACUGUUCCUCAAAGCGCUAUGGAAGUUAGUGUCCUUGUAGUUGGCUUUUUCUUACUAUUGUUUGAUUAUGUUCUUUCUUUAACCAUUUUAAGCUGAGAGAAGUUCUUAUAAUGUUUUUGUUGACUGGGUGGCACAUUUUCAACUGAAGUCCGAUUUCUUGUUUUGUUUUACCUUACUACUAUUGUCCAACGUUUUCUUUUCCUCGGUCUUAGUGUAUUAUCUCUGAUCCCUAGUGUGACAUUUUCUGCCUUUCUUUAUUGAUAUAUUGUUUUCUUGAUUUCCCAGGCGUUCCGUAUUUGUUGUCAAGACUUGUUCUUCGCGCGCUCCCGGAACACACCCACUGCUCAAGGACUUGUGGGUAAUGUGUCAAGCGCCAAUCCGCUUGAGGCGGCUUUCAAGCCGGCGAGGUCAAUGACCGAGCGUGUCAAUGUAGUGGGAGAACUGGUGAACAUUAAGGUGUCAAGUCCAGUCGAUGCUGACUUUUCGAUACAAGUAUGUUAGCUUUUACAUAUGAUCAAUAUCAAUAUUUCUUAGCUUAAUUUUGGAUAAUAUUUGUGGUACGCAAUUAUGUAGGCUUAUCAGUUUUCUGUCUAUUAUCCUUCAGGGAGUCACAGAACGUCUUGCUAGGAAGAACGCAUUCCUCACCCGUGCCAAACUGAAGGAGUACCUCUCAUCUGCACAUGCGCCGUCUUCGAGGAAAGAGGAAUUCGCCAUGACGAGGCUCAAAGAGCUAAGAGGCGAGAAGACUGGAGAGGAGAAGAGGUGAGUUUUGAACUAUUUGAUACGCAAUUUUUCUUCGCCCUUCAGACGUGUAUCGGUCUGUGAAUUUUCUGGCAUUUACUGAAAGUUAAUUCGAAGUUAGGAAGGCUGUUCCCAUUAGUUCUUUUUCCUUUACUCGCUCACUCAUUCAUUCAUUCGUUCAUUAGUUUAUUCAUUCUCCUUUUUGGUCGUCUCGAUCCGUUUAUUCAUCGAUUUCCGGAAAAUAAUAGGUACGAUGGGUAAUACGGAAACUACCUCUUAACAAAGAGUUCUCUGAAGGUAGAGUGAGAAAAAUCUGGAUUGUCAGGAGCCAACAACUUCCUUUUACUCGUGUCACGGCUUUGUCACCGACCAUUUUAGCAUAUCUUUUAAGUCCCACAGAGCGGUUAGCAAAACCAUGGCACGUGAUUUUUGACCUUUAAAAGACGUUUAGUUUUCGUUUGUUUUGAUAUCUUGUACUUCGAUUACCCUCAUAGACGGAGGGGAGCCUCUAUUUGGCGGAAAAAAACUGCUCUAAAAUGUAUCUAAAAAUAAACCGGUCGUUGAAAACACCGUGGCGUAGGCCAAGUAUGGGAGUUGCUCUCCCUCGGUUAUGGGCUCCUUUGAUUGUACCAGUACGAAAUUCUACAACUGAUGUCAUUGCCAUUUCCAAUCUAGACCCAAGUCUCGUACGGCGGGCGUCAAAACAGGUAUGAAAUCACCGAAGGAACUUCUUGAGAGGCAAAUCAACGAUCUAGAAGGACGCGUGGACUCCCUCAAUUCUGAGUUGGCCCAAGUGUUGAAAACUGAGUCUGACCUGAAUUUCACCAUAAACGAAAUGGAAAAGGAUAGUAAUAUAUCAGACGACAGGUUACAGGUCUUGCGACAACAGCUCAACAGUGCUGAACAGCGCAAAGACAAUCUGUUGAACAAAGUAGACUAUCUCGAGGAAGAAAUCAGAAAGAAGAACAAAGAGUUAAAGGCCUUAAAAUGAGUAGGGACUGGGGCGAGUAACCUAUUAGAGACCCCUUGGCUUAAACGUUCACUCUUUCGACGAAGAUUAAGGUGUUCUUUAGCGAGUUAAAUGGUUAAACACCAAGAAAUAUUUUUUGUAGAAUGGAGCAUUUUUAAAUAUCAAAGCUAAUUGUAGUAGAUUUAAACAAUAUUUCAUGUAAAUAGUAGUAGAUUAACUGACUCAAACAAUAACUGAAGGAUAGUGUAGUUACAGGAUAUUUAUUUAGGCUUGCUUGUAUUGUAUUUAUAGUUGAAAGUGGAUGCCUUUCGAAGUGAAUUAUUCUGUUUUUUCUUUUCUUGUCAAUUAACAAAUACUCCCAAUUUUCUUAAUUUAUGGGAUGUGUUAAAGCAAUGUAAUUUUUUCGACACUCAGAACUCAAAUUUGUCACUACUAAUUGUCCAUGAAUAAUCUUUAUAUAGUUGACGAAAUUUUCAAUAUUUUUGUAUCUUAGUGUUCAUUUUCUUAUCCAUUUACAAAUU